AGUCAGUUUUGCGCAUGCUUCAAGUCGUGACCGCGUAGUUGUUUGAGACAUUUGAAAGCUGAGCAAACUCCUGCGCUGUCAUUGCUAGCCGGUUAGGCCACUGGAUUUAAAAACGGGGGCACCAUGGAUCUGAACGACGCGAAUCUCAACUCCCUAACCGAUUUUAUGAGGAAGACGUUGGAUCCUGAUCCUGCAGUCAGACGACCAGCUGAGAAGUUCCUUGAAUCUGUGGAAGGAAGCCAGAACUAUCCCAUUCUGCUCCUCACAUUACUAGAGAAGUCUCAAGACAAUGUGAUUCGCGUGUGUGCAGCAGUCACCUUUAAAAACUACAUUAAGAGGAACUGGCGUAUAAUUGAAGAUGAACCCAACAAAAUUUCUGAUGUUGACAGGACAGCCAUUAAGGCAAACAUUGUAAAUUUGAUGCUCAGUAGUCCUGAACAGAUUCAAAAACAGUUGAGCGAUGCAAUCAGCAUCAUUGGCCGAGAGGACUUCCCUCAGAAAUGGCCAGACCUGCUGACCGAGAUGGUGACCCGCUUUCAGAGCGGAGACUUCCACAUCAUCAACGGUAUUCUCCGAACUGCACACUCACUCUUCAAAAGAUAUCGUCAUGAGUUCAAGUCCAAUGAGCUGUGGAGUGAGAUCAAGCUGGUACUGGAUACAUUCGCACAGCCCUUGACGGAGCUCUUCAAGGCCACAAUUGAGCUUUGCCAGACCCACGCCACAGAUGUCAAUGCCCUGAAGGUCCUCUUUUCUUCCCUAACACUGAUCUCCAAACUCUUUUACAGUCUUAAUUUUCAGGAUCUACCCGAGUUCUUUGAGGACAACAUGGAGACCUGGAUGUCAAAUUUCCAUAACCUGCUGACUUUGGAUAAUAAGCUUCUCCAGACCGAUGAUGAAGAAGAAGCUGGCCUACUGGAGCUGCUCAAGUCUCAGAUCUGUGACAACGCGGCGCUCUACGCUCAGAAAUACGACGAGGAAUUCCAGCCCUACCUACCUCGCUUUGUCACAGCCAUCUGGAACCUUCUAGUUACCACGGGCCAGGAGGUCAAGUAUGACUUGCUGGUGAGCAAUGCCAUCCAGUUCCUGGCAUCGGUCUGUGAGCGGCCACACUACAAGCAUCUGUUUGAGGACCAGAACACGCUCACCAGCAUUUGUGAGAAGGUCAUCCUCCCCAACAUGGAGUUCAGAAGUGCAGAUGAAGAGGCUUUUGAAGAUAACUCCGAGGAGUACAUCAGAAGAGACCUGGAAGGCUCUGAUAUUGACACGCGGCGAAGGGCGGCCUGUGAUUUGGUGCGAGGCCUCUGCAAGUUCUUUGAGGCGCCUGUGACGGCCAUCUUCUCGGGCUACGUGAACUCCAUGCUGGCAGAGCACGCCAAGAACCCAGGAGCCAACUGGAAGCACAAGGACGCUGCCAUCUACUUGGUCACGUCGCUCGCCUCCAAAGCCCAGACACAGAAGCAUGGAAUUACACAGGCCAACGAGUUGGUGAACCUGACAGAGUUCUUCGUCAACCACAUUCUUCCAGAUCUGAAGUCUCAAAAUGUGAACGAGUUUCCAGUAUUAAAAGCUGAUGCCAUCAAGUAUGUCAUGAUCUUCAGGAGUCAGCUCCCCAAGGAGCAGCUCCUGCAGGCCAUCCCUCUGCUGGUGGCCCACCUGCAGGCCGAGAGCAUCGUGGAGCACACCUACGCCGCUCACGCUCUCGAGAGACUCUUCACCAUGAGGGGGCCCAACAGCUCCACACUCAUCACUCCAGCAGAGAUGGCUCCCUUCACGGAACAGCUGCUCAAUCAUCUGUUCAAGGCCCUCGCCAUUCCUGGCUCAUCAGAGAACGAGUACAUCAUGAAGGCCAUCAUGCGCAGUUUCUCCCUCUUACAGGAAGCUAUUGUGCCCUACGUCCCCACUCUGAUUGGACAGCUUACGCAUAAGCUCCUCCUUGUCAGCAAGAACCCCAGCAAGCCCCACUUCAACCACUACCUGUUUGAGUCCCUGUGCCUGUCCAUCAGGAUCACCUGCAAGGCCAACCCUACCACGGUGGGCAGCUUUGAGGAGGCCCUCUUCCCCGUCUUCACCGAGAUCCUGCAGAAUGAUGUGCAAGAGUUUGUGCCAUACGUGUUCCAGGUGAUGUCUCUGCUGCUGGAGAUCCACUCCAACUCCAUCCCCUCGUCCUACAUGGCCUUGUUCCCCCACCUGCUGCAGCCCGCGCUGUGGGAGCGCACCGGCAACAUCCCCCCUCUGGUGCGCCUGCUCCAGGCCUACCUGCAGAAGGGAGGCGCCACCAUCGCCAGCAGUGCCGCCGACAAGAUCCCCGGGCUGCUGGGGGUGUUCCAGAAGCUGAUUGCUUCCAAGGCCAACGACCACCAAGGCUUCUACCUGCUCAACAGCAUCAUCGAGCACAUGCCACCAGACUCCAUCAUGCAGUACAGGAAGCAGAUCUUCAUCCUUCUGUUCCAGAGGCUGCAGAGCUCCAAAACCACCAAGUUCAUCAAGAGCUUUUUGGUGUUCAUCAACCUGUACGCUGUCAAGUAUGGAGCCAUUGCGUUGCAGGAGAUAUUUGAUAGCAUCCAGCCAAAGAUGUUCGGCAUGGUCCUGGAGAAGAUAGUCGUUCCGGAGGUGCAGAAAGUCUCCGGCCCGGUGGAGAAAAAGAUCUGCGCGGUGGGCAUCACGAAGGUCCUGACGGAAUGCCCUGCCAUGAUGGACACAGAGUACACCAAGCUCUGGACGCCUCUGCUGCAGGCCCUGAUUGGUCUGUUUGAGUUACCGGAGGACGACAGCGUCCCUGACGACGAGCACUUCAUCGACAUCGAGGACACGCCCGGCUACCAGACUGCUUUCUCGCAGCUGGCCUUCGCCGGGAAGAAGGAGCACGACCCCAUCGGCGAGGCCGUCAGCAACCCCAAGAUUCUGCUGGCUCAGUCCCUGCACAAGCUGUCCACCGCCUGCCCAGGACGGGUUCCGUCCAUGCUGAGCUCGAACCUGAAUGCGGAGGCGCUCCAGUACCUGCAGGGCUACCUACAGGCUGCCACCGUACAGCUGGUGUGAGGAGCCCGAUGGCUUGGCCCUUCUCUGCCCGCAGAAGGGCACGGGUGUGAGGGGAGCAGCUAGAGGGUGUGGAAGGCUUGUCCCCGGCAGAUCGACUUCCUGGAACCAGACAGACAGACGGACGGACCUGAACUGAACUGGACUGGACUUAACCCCAACUGGACACUUUGCUCUGACUUUUUGACAUUUCACUGAAUGGAGACAUUGGGAAGCUGACUCUAUCACAGCCCUUUUGAUGGCCCAGGGAAUUUUAAGCGCUUUUAGAGAAAAACAAAAACAAAAGGGCAAUGAACAUAAGAGGACCACUAAUGAUGAUCGGGAGUUACAGCCUUACAUCAGUGGUGUGCUUUUCUUUUCUUUUCUUUUUUUCUGCUUUUCUUUUCUUGUCUUUGGGCCAAUCAGCUUGCUGCUCUGCUCCGACAGUUGGAACUAGGACCACAUCAGUUACACGGAACGCUGUUAUAACGUGUGUUCAUCUGAUUUGUCUAGCUGCUGGCUUUCACUUCAGUUGUUCUGUAUUACAUCAUUCAUUAGGAAAAAAGGAAUCUCCAUCCCCUUAAAAAAAAAAAAAAAAACAGACUUGCUAAUGACGAUUUCACCGACUCCGCUUUGCUGUGGCCGUGAAUUGUGAUGAAAUUUGAUGUCUUUACAAUCAUUGGGGAGCAUUUGUUUUUCCUUUACUGUAGGUUUUACUGAACAGGAGAGAACUUGUACAUUGGAUACCCAAAAACGAAGCCCUUGUUUGUUUGCUCUUACCUUUUUGUCGCAUGUUUUGUUUCGUCCCAUUUAUUUUUGUUUCAAUGUCCGCUCUUAGUUUUCAUGGCUUUGUUUCUAAAAAUGGUAAUAAAGAGAAGCACUUGUGUAAUA